GCCCUCGCGUGUGCGAUGAGCUGCAGUCGCACGACCCGGCCUCCUUCCGAGCGGUUCUGGUCGGCGGCCCGCUGAGGGCCACGGAAACGCUUCUGGCUGACAGCGCGCCGAGUGAGGACACAGAACUUUGAACUUGAGGCGGGAUGAAACCGGCGCCAGCAAACCCGACAGUCCCCACGUCCCCGAAACCGCUGGUGCCCCUUUUACGCGGAACGCCGUGAGUGCUGACUGCAAAGUGGCUAUUAAAACUCAACGAAAGGAAGCAGUUAAGAAAUAAAGAGGCCGAGCACAGGACUGCUUUAGAAAACCGAGGAAAACCGAGGAACUGCUGGGGCGACCUGGCCUGAAUCCAGCUGUGCAACAGGCACUUCUGCUUUUAACCUAUUGCGUUCUCCGGGCUGUUUUCAGACUCCGGAUUUACUGUGGUGUUUUUCUCUUUCCCAGUGAAGCUGAGCCGGAGCUGAAGUCCUUUACUGUGAGCUGAAGGAUGUUGUGAAAGUCAGGCUUUUCCGGCAGUCUGGAAUGCACUUAGCCGAUUGGUUAUAGCUAUUAUUAUUUUGGUGUCUUUGUACAGUUUUAACCUUAUACUGUCACCCAUGGAAGGGCUCUUACUAGCCGCCUCUGACUCUUGGAACCUCUGACCCGUUGGCUGAGCUUUUGGGAAGUUCUUAAGUGGACAUGGAGCGGACUUGACCGCAGCUCUACAAAAAGAAGACAGAUUUGUACUCUUCAUGCGGACAGAAACAUAGCUGCUAUGACUUUCCCAGGAAGGUGGGCAGGGGCCAAGCGAAGCUGAACUGGCCAUGCGCUGUCGCCCGGUGCUCCUCUGCCGUCGGCGACUGUGCGCCCGGCCCUUCGUGGUGGGCUUGGUGGUGGCUGUCUGUCUCUUCUACCAGACCCUGACCCCCCGGGCCAGGAGGAAGCCCGCGGGCCCUGGCCCUGGGGCUCCCCGCCACACUCUCAGCGAGGUUCGGGCAAACCGAUGCGAGGACGGGUACCCCCGGGACAAAGAGUGCCUCCUUUUCUCGGGUGGUGCGCAGGAAAUCAGAAAGAUAGAAGAAUUGGUGGAGACACACUUUGGCAGUGCUGGCCGACGGGCUGUGCUUUAUCGGCCUCCUUCCUACAGCGAGACGGAACUUCAGCUCUACCAGCAUGUCCUCACAGAGUGUCACUACACGGUUGUCAUCAUGGAAGAAAAGUUCAGUGCUGGUCGUGGGCUGGGGCUGCUAGAACAAGAUAAUUUGGACACUUGGGAUUUACUCAUUUGCCUGCCUUCAAGGAAAACAGAUGGAAAACCCUGUGUAUUCAAGGAAGACAUGUGCCAAUUAGGUUUACAUCAAAAGAUAAAUAUAUUACCAGAAUUAUAUCAGCUUUGCAGAAAGGAAGGAUUAUGUCAAAUAAUUAGAAGAUUUCCAGAAUUGCAACAUACUGUGAGUCCUUCUGUGUGUCUGGAUCAGGAGGGACAAUUACAGCCAAGUACAUCAAGUUACCUUUUAAAAACAGUGAAGCCACGCACGUGGAAACCAUGGGACUGGCAACGUGAACAGCUGAGUCAAACGACAGUCCUUGUUCCACAUGAGACGAUCUUUAGAACUGAGGGUCUAUCUGUAAUUCUAAAAGCGUAUGUGUUGGUGACAUCCUUAACACCUUUGCGCGCAUUCAUUCAUUCAACUGGCACAGUGUGGAUUCCGCCAAAGAAAAAACGCUUCACUGUCAAGCUGCAAACAUUUUUUGAGACAUUCCUGAGGGCCAGCUCACCUCUGCAGGCCUUGGAUGCUAUGAAGGAAGCAAUCAGCAAACUCCUGCUGGCGGCUGAAGUCUUCAGUGAAACAUCCACUCUGGGACCAAAGACCUCUCAUAGAUGUAGAUUAUGCUUUCAGCUUUUAACUUUUGAUAUCGGUUAUGGCAGUUUCAGGUAUCCAGUAGUGCUUCAGGUGCAUGAGCAUUUAAACUUUCAAGAUGAUGAUAAUAUGGAUUUUGAGGACCAAAAUACAGAAGAAUUCCUUUUAAAAGACACUUUUGAUUUUCUCUUUUCCAAUGAAUCUUCACUGUUUGUAUUUUCGGAGAUAUUUCAGAGACUUUAUAAAUCAGGUGUAUUUAAGGGUGAAAAGUAUCCAAAGGAACUCAAUCAGUGUGUAUCAUUAGAUGAAGUUGAUUCAAUUAGGACUUUUAUAAAGGAACUUGGGAGUCUGGGACAAUUCCAACUGCUCCUCCCCUCCAAUCCUCGAACUCAAUCUUUGAUGCAUGAGUUUUAUGAUACAAGAAAUCCUAUGGGAAAACCUGGCUCAGUCCUGACCCAAUACUGGUCUCUUUUAAAUAUAUUUGAACAAUUUUGGCUCAUGAAUAAAAAGGCACAGAUACAUCCACUGGAAUGGAAUUCUUCCAUGGAGGAUGGUGACAUUGAAAAAACACAAGUGUCAUUUGAUGCAGUUGACAGUAAAAAAGCUACAGUUCCACAAAUUUUGAAUGAAAAUGACAAUAUACAAUGCACUAAUGAUAAAGACACACUAUGCCAUCUCACGCAGAUCUUUACACAUCCACAUUUGGACCUAAAUCCUGAAUUUGAUGCAAAGAUCAGAGAUUAUUACUCAGAAGUCCCAUUUGAUGUGGUGAUGGUUACCAUCGGAGCAAAGACUUCUAAGUGUCAGUGCCAGGUGCACUUGCAGGAGCAGGCGGGACCCAGCUUUGCCAAAUACCCUCUUGGUUUAGGCAUAAAUAAAAUCUCAAUGCUGGUGGUGGAUGAAUCUCCAGCAGAGGGCGAGACUGUAAUCACGUAUAAAUUCUCCAUUUAUAGAGAAGACCGUCCAAGUCUUCCCAUUUUUGAGGGCUUCAGAGCUUGUGGUUUUGUGCAGGAUUGCGGUUUGUUGAUUCGCCCCGAGGAAACGUGCGGGUUACAGCCUGUUUCUUCUGACUACCUCGAAGCCAUGUCACAGCCUGGGUUACAAAAUUGUCCGUCUGGGGACACAAAAGGUCAGUGGAUUGUGCCUUGCCUGAGUUGUUCGGACAACAGGACCUGCGAUUGGAGAGAAAUCACUUGGCAGCCCCAGAACUGUCAACACCUUGUCCUGACGAAGCCUCAGCUCCAGCAGUGCUUGAGGGGAAGAAAGAUUAUUUUCAUUGGCGAUUCAACCAACAGAGGGAUCAUGUAUUACCUGAUUGAAAGAGUGAACAAAACGCUGCAGGAAUGGCAGAAGUUGCAUGGUACUAAACUGUAUCCUAACGUCAAUGCCGGAAAGACUCUGAUCAGUUACUCCUACUAUCCUCAGUUCUGGCUAAGCUCUGCAUUGAGACCAACAUUUGAGAAUGCACUUGAGCAUCUCUUGCAAAGAUCACGUCCAUUAGAGAAUACUGGCCAGACAGUAUUGGUUGUUGGUGGUGUUCAGUGGCUUAAUUCUAAUCACCUGCAAAUUAUUCACAAGGUUUUGAAGAGGGAAAACUUACUUAAUAUCCUAGUGAUCAUCAAAACUUUGGGAAUUGGAUUUCACUUGCCAGUGGAUGGAGUACAUUUCUUAACACAGAGUGAAGUUCAAAACUUAUGGAAAGAAAAUGUGAUUAUUCUGGAUACCGCAAAGCAAUAUGGCUAUGAAGUAGUUGACACAUUCAGUAUCACAAUGGGGCGAUACAAAGAGUUUCUUCAGGGCAACUGUGGAUGUCAUUUCCAUGAGGUAGUGAAAUCAAAGUUAUCCAAAGAAUAUCACUUUAUUAAGAUGAAAAGAUCGAAGAAUCAUAUCGUGGGAAAAUAUUUUAGCAGUCAAAGCAAACCACAAGAGCAAGACUCUAUAACCAAUUUGGAAUCACCGUAUCAUGUCCAAGGUCCAAUAAAUCAGGUUUAUUCUGAAAUCUUGCUCAGCAGGAUGUGUGCCAGUGGAAGGGUCACGUAGACUUCAUGAAAGAGAACUGCACUUGGGAGUUACAGACAAGCCACUCACAGGAUGAUGAUCUAUGACCCAAACAAUGUGUCUCAUAUAUUUUGGAGUGAGCCCGUGCUUGUGCACAUGAGCACAUAUAUGCACACCAAUACAUGCUUAGCUAAAAAAAAAAAAAGCAGUAGUAACACUUAUCUCCUAUAGCCUUACAAAAUUAAUAUUUGAACUUGAACAGUUAGUUGGUUUCAGAGUGAAAGACAACUAGGAAAAAGAUUACUUGAAAUAUGAACUAGGACCACUGUGGGCCAAGAAUUGCAUUGUGAUAACAAACAGAAAUAUAGACACUUGAAUUACAUGGGAAAGAGGCUAAUGCUGUUUAGUAUUGUGUUAUCUUCUCUGUAGUACACUAAUAUUAAGAAAGCAAA